AUCUAGUUGAUGUUGUGAGGGACAUUCUGACCAAUAUCCAGGAGAAUAACAUAUCUGUCUGGGUUAUGGGGAAAACUUGUACUCUCAAUGGAGUGAAUACUCUCGCAGAUAAAGUGGAAGAAGCACCAGACAGUCCUGUGCCAGAUACAUGGAAAUCGACAGUCAAUCUGAAAUCUACCUUUCUGUACAUAUUCACUUCAGGGACAACAGGGUUACCAAAGGCUGCUGUAAUCACCCAGCUCCAAUCCUUGAGGGCUAGUGCUGGCUUGUCGGUCUUUGGAGUCACUGAGGAUGACAUCAUCUAUGUUCCACUUCCUUUAUAUCAUAGUGCAGCUUCUCUUUUGGGUAUCUGUGGCUGCAUUGAGCUCGGUGCAACAUUGGUGCUGAAGAAGAAAUUCUCAGCUAGCCAGUUCUGGAAUGACUGUCGAGAGUACAAUGUUACAGUAUUUCAAUAUAUAGGAGAGCUCUGCCACUACCUGUGCAAUCAGCCAAAGGUAACAUUAUAGAAAAGAGCCAUGGUUUUAGCAAGU